GUUGACAUGCAGCCACUAUUAUCUGUACAUAAUUUGAAAUGAAAUCAAAUCAAUGUUUUUGUUUGUUUGACAGUCUUGGGUUCGCCUGAGUGUUCUUGUUUUAAUUAUGUGCAUUUAUAUAUCAGGGAGAAUUAAUUAUAGUUUAGCGUCACAUAAUAUAAUUAAAAUGGCUAUAAGGCAAUCGAGUGAUAUGAAUAAAUUUAAGGAUGCUUUGAGAUCAGCUAAGAAAGUUGUUUUUUUAUCUGGAGCCGGUAUAAGCGCUGAAUCUGGUAUUCCAACGUUUAGAGGUGCAGGUGGGCUCUGGAGGAAGUAUCAGGCCUCGGCAUUGGCCACUCCAGGCGCAUUUAGAUCAAGUCCGAGUUUAGUUUGGGAAUUUUAUCAUUACCGGAGAGAAGUGGCAGCUAAGGCCCAACCCAAUGCGGGCCAUAUUGCAAUAGCAAAUUAUGAAUCUAAGUAUGGAACAGAGAAAGAAAUUACAGUAAUUACACAAAACGUGGACGGACUGCAUGCCAGAGCAGGCACUAAGAAUCUAAUAGAACUCCAUGGCAAUCUGUAUAAAACCCGCUGUACCAAGUGUAAAGAAGUGCUGAUUAAUUUAACUAACCCAAUAUGUGCAGCAUUAGAGAACAGAGGUGCUCCGGAUGCAAAUGUAGUAGGAUCAGAUAUACCGGUCAAAGAGCUACCACACUGCCAGAAGUGCAGUGGACUUCUCAGACCUCAUAUUGUGUGGUUUGGUGAAAGCUUGGACCCUGAUAUACUGCAGAAAGCUGAAGCUGCAAUGGAAUCCUGCGACGUCUGCCUUGUAGUGGGUACUUCAUCUGUUGUGUACCCCGCGGCGAUGUUCGCUCCCCAAGCGGCCGCGCGCGGCGCCACUGUCGCGGAAUUCAAUAUAGAGCCUACGCCCGCUACUCACGACUUUCAGUUUUAUUUUGAGGGCCCUUGCGGUACCACAUUGCCGACGGCUUUAGAUGGAUGACUGCCUGCUGACUUAUAAAUAUGAAAUAAGCUUAUCUAAAUAUUUUCAUUCUAAUGGUCUAAAGUUUGAAACUUAACUGAAUAAAAAAAAUAGUUUAAAUAGAAACUUAGACUUCUAGUUGAUUGGUCUACAGAAGGCGUGACGCAAACACAAGCCGACGCCAUUUUCAAAACUGUCGAGUGAAUUAUUUGUUUUAUUACUGUACAGUAUAUUAGAUAAGUGUGUAAAUAAAGAAAUCACUGUAUACUUUGUAUAGAAUAUUUAUUAGAGAGCUCAUAUUAAGUAAAUAAAUUAUUUAUUCUUAUACAUUUUC